AUGCACGGACAAUUUCACAUUAUGUCAGCAAUAUUACUAAGAGCUUAUGAAUCAGGAACCACGCAGGUGGUGUGGUCGAAUUAUCGGACUGACAUGACUAAACCCGAAUUUUAUGGGAACAUUGUCUCCUAUGACGUUCAUACUUACUAUAACCAGAAUGUCAGUGAAGAGAAGGAAUUUGCUUAUCAAUUGAGAGAAAAGGUAAAAGAGGAAUUCAAGGACGAGAUUGAAGCUGGUGAUAUCAGAGUUCAUAAGUUUUGGGAGACACCAAUUGGGCCUCACCCAAUUUGUAUGUGGGAGAUUGAUUUUAAGAAGCCUGAAUUAUUUGCAGGUAUCGUCUCUUUUUAUCAAGUCAACCAUGGAAAUCUAAGUGUUCUGAUUCAUCCAAGAAGUGACAAAGGUGAUUUAGUGGACCAUACGAAGCAUGCUCUGUGGUUGGGACACAAGCAGCGACUUAUUACUAGCGUUUUCCGAAGGUCCAAGAGCUCAAUAGCAAUCAAUUGCAGCACUCUCCAGCAACAUGAACUGCACCGCCAGAGCAGAGCAGGAGCAACCUUCUAG